AUGACGGUCGUGGGUUUUGUUGGUAAUGGUACCACCUUGGUGCAAGUAGUUGCGGCACGUGGGAGGUCCAAUAAGUUAAAAGAGGGAAAAUCAGUUCAAGGGCAUUUCGUUAAGCAAUUUUCUCAAUUUAAUUUGCUCAUAUCUACUGGCCUGGUUGAUAUGUAUAGCAAAUGCAGCAGGGUUGAUGUUGCUCGUUUAAUAUUUGAUAAAAUGCCGACCAUGAAUACGAUAUCUUGGAAUGCCAUGAUCUUGGGGCACUGCAUUCACGGUAAUCCAGAUGACGGGCUGAGUUUAUACAAGCAAAUGGUGGAUACGAAAUUAGUUGGGCAUAAAAAUGAGGUUGAGCCCGAUGAAGUCACUUUUAUCGGUGUUUUAUGCGCUUGUGCCCGUUUAGGAAUGUUGACAGAGGGAAAAUUUUACUUUUCUCAAAUGAUUGAUGUGUUUAGAUUGAAACCCAAUUUUUCGCAUUACUGGUGCAUGGCUAAUCUAAUGGCUAGAGUUGGUUUACUGCACGAUGCCAUGAAUGUCUUAAUGAAUAUCCCGACCGAUGGCGAUGAUGUGGAACGAGAAUAUUCUUUAUGGGCAACAUUACAUGGAUCGUGUCGGUUCUUGGGGGAUGUGACUUCGAGUGAAAAGAUUGUUACAGCAUUCAUCGAGCGAGACCCACAAAAUUUAUAUUACAAUUUGCUGGUUAACAUUUACGCAUUGGCAGGUAAAUGGGAAGAAGUUGCUAGGACAAACCUUGCUGUAAUCUCAAGGACUUGA